UACAAAUAAAUGCGGAAGCUGAAAACAUCGCUUGACAUUAAGCGGUCUCCUCUCAGCAAUGCCAGCAAAAGACCCUUGUCAAAAACAGGCUUGUGCUAUCCAAACGUGUUUACAAGCUCACAAGUACGUGGCGAGCAUGUGCGCGGAUGUGAUCGAUGACAUGCGGCGGUGCUGCCGGACGCAUGGCGCAAACUCCAUCUGCUGCUCCGGUUUUAAGGACCCCAAACACACGGAGACGAAACCCAGCACGUAGCCUCCAACGCGGCUUUGGAUGUAGCAUUUGCGUGGGACAACGGCUAGAAGCAUGAUUGGCUGGAGUGUAAUUUUAUAAAAUAAAAUAUGACUACAGUAAAUAAAUGGUUACAAUUGAACAUUUAUAUUAUGAGAUCAAUUUGAAAUGGGUAUUUGUUUUUACAUGUUAUGCGUACUCGAAAACAGAAGUGAUGUUCAAUUAAGAAGGGGUGGAGCAACGCAAUGCGCCGUGUGACGUACACAGAUAAUAGAAAUGACACGCCUUUCACAUGUAAAAUGUUACUGUGUUGAUAGCACACGCUUUGGCAUUGACAAAAAAGUAAACCUCAUAACAAUUGGUUGAGAAAUUUGUAAGUUCCGACUUAAUUUCAAUGUCCAUGCAUUGCCUUUGAUUGGAAUGUCGACCUCCCCAACAUGGCCGCCAUGUAGUCAUGUGGUUAGCCUCGCUGUAAUGGGGUUGCUACCCUAGUGCUACAACCAGAUGGUGUAACUAGUCUUCAUAUAUACGAAUAGAAAUUUCUCGGCAGGUUUGGUAACUUUUUGAAUGGGUACAAAGAGAAAAAGUGAAAUUAAUGUAUUCAUGACAUAU